AUGCCUGGACCAUCAGGUGCAUACGAUAAAAAUGGUGCUGAUGGUGUGUAUGCUUCCUUAUUCAGAGAUGAAAAGGUUUGUCACAUAUCUGAUACAGAAGAUGUUCAAAAGUUAUCUCAAACAUCACCCCUUGAGGAUAUAUUGAGUAUAUUAGCUGAACAAAUUAACCUUGAUACAAUAUCAAAGUUUAACAUUUCAAGAAACCAGCUAUUUGAUUGUGUCAAAAGAGGACUCAAGCGCAAGUCAUUCAGUCCGUUUAACAAAAUUUCUGUUAAAUUCACUGAUGAUGAGGGCUCUUCAGAAGGUGCUGUUGAUGAAGGUGGCCCAAUGCGGGAAAUGUUGGCUUUGACUAUGAACCAUAUUGUAGGAUCCCAUCUGUUAGAUGGUACUUCAACUACCAAGUUUCUUACAUGCAUUAGUAAAUCUGUUGAUGAAAAUGAAUAUUAUUUGGUAGGCCAAAUAAUUGCUAUGUCAUUGGUUCAUGGAGGUCGUGCACCCCACUGUUUUGCAGACCAUUUUUUCAAUGUGAUAGUACAUGGAACAGAGUCAGUAAAACAUACAACAGAAGAUCUUCCUGUGGGUUCUGCAGUGAAAGACGAUUUGCUCAAACUGAGGAAUGUUAAUGUUGAAGAAGCAAACAGUGUUAUAAGCGGAACUCUAGAAAAUCUACUAGAACUUGCAGGUACAUGGAAGCACAUUCAAAGUGAAGAUGACAAGGAAAACGUUAUUCGGGACACUAUCAAAUGGUACCUAUUUGGGAGAACAAAAACAGCUCUAGACCAAUUCAAGAAUGGUCUCUCUACCCUUGGUGUAUUGGCAGCAAUCCAAGAGUAUCCCUCUGUCUUCAAGCCAGCAUUUUGUUAUGAGGCUGUACCACUCACUGCUGCGACAUUUGCAGUAUCCGAGAAAGUUGUUAUUACAAGAAGUGAAAAUGGAUCAACUGCAUAUAAUGUAGAAAGCAGAGUACUUGCCCACUGGGCAGAUUUUCUACAAGAUGUGGAAGAAAGUGAAUCUCAGCUAACUCUUGCACAAAUUCUUAUGUUCAGUACAGGCUGUUGUGAGUUUGUUUUCGGGUUGCAACUGGAAGUACAGUUCCUUCAUGAGAAAGAAGCAGAUGAAAUGCAUUCAAAGUUUCCAAAGACCAAUACUUGUGCUGGUAUUCUUAGCUUACCAGUUGUUCACAAUACAUACAAUGAAUUCAAGAAUGCUAUGGAAUUUGGUAUUGCAAACGCCAAAGGUUUUGGUUGUGCCUAA